AGGCCGCGCUCGGCCCCACGCGGAGCCCGCGGCACGGAGCUGUCCCCGCGUCGCGACCCGCCUCGGACCCAGGCCCCGGCGGCCGCCGCGCAGCCAGGCGCAGGUCGGCGAGGGCAGCGGCCCCGGCCCGCGCGCACCAUGGGCGCUGCCCACUCCGCGUCCGAGGAGGUGCGGGAGCUCGAGGGCAAGACCGGCUUUUCCUCGGAGCAGAUCGAGCAGCUGCACCGGAGGUUUAAGCAGCUGAGUGGAGACCAGCCCACCAUCCGCAAGGAGAACUUCAACAACGUCCCCGACCUGGAGCUCAACCCCAUCCGAUCCAAAAUCAUCCGUGCCUUCUUUGACAACAGGAACCUGCGCAAGGGGCCCAGCGGCCUGGCCGACGAGAUCAACUUCGAGGACUUCCUGACCAUCAUGUCCUACUUCCGGCCCAUCGACACCACCCUGGGCGAGGAGCAGGUGGAGCUGUCUCGGAAAGAGAAGCUGAGAUUUCUGUUCCACAUGUACGACUCGGACAGCGACGGCCGCAUCACCCUGGAAGAAUAUCGAAAUGUGGUGGAGGAGCUGCUCUCCGGAAACCCCCACAUCGAGAAGGAGUCGGCCCGCUCCAUCGCCGACGGGGCCAUGAUGGAGGCGGCCAGCGUGUGCGUGGGGCAGAUGGAACCGGAUCAAGUGUAUGAGGGGAUCACCUUCGAGGACUUCCUGAAGAUCUGGCAGGGAAUCGACAUCGAGACCAAGAUGCACGUCCGCUUCCUCAACAUGGAGACCAUCGCCCUCUGCCACUGACCCGCCGCUGCCUUCCAGAGAAGCCGCGGAGAGAGGGACAGCCUGGCCCGGCCUCCGCUGYGGCUCCUGUAAAUUGUGGACAGGGUUUGUGUCCCCUGUGCCAUCCAGGCUGUGGUAUGUGGGACUUUGCAAUUUUUAUCUCU